AUGAGUCAUCGUGCACUACAGACCUCUAGAAAAACGUUUCGACACAUUUCCAAAACACCAUACAAGGUUUUGGAUGCACCAGAACUCAAGGAUGAUUUUUAUUUAAACUUGGUAGACUGGUCGACAAAAAAUAUGCUUGGUGUUGGACUGGACUCGUGUGUGUAUCUUUGGAAUGCAUCUACUAGCAAGGUUACAAAGCUGUGUGACUUGGCACCUCAUGACUCUAUCACGUCUGUUAAUUUUAUUCAAAGAGGAACGCAUGUUGCUGUGGGCACAAACAGAGGGCUUGUACAGCUCUGGGAUGUGGAAAUGGGUAGAAGGGUGAGACAAUUUUCUGAUCACCAGGCCAGAGUUGGUUCAUUGGCUUGGAACAACGAGAUUCUCACCUCAGGAAGCCGUGAUAGAUUUAUUCAUCACUAUGAUAUGCGAAUAGCUACAGCUUUGGUAAAACGGCACGAAGGUCACCGACAAGAAGUGUGUGGUCUCAAAUGGAACGCCAAUUCCAAAACACUCGCAUCUGGAGGCAACGACAAUAUGUUGAAUGUUUGGGAUGUGCGAAUGGAUGAACCGUUGUUGCGGUACAAAGAACAUACGGCAGCUAUAAAAGCAAUUUCUUGGUGUCCGCACGAGCACGGUCUUCUUACAUCUGGGGGCGGAACGGCUGACAAAUGUAUUCGGCAUUGGGAUACUCUUUCCGAUUCUCCCAAUUCGAUCAUGUAUGUUGAUACUGGGUCUCAAGUCUGCAAUAUUGCAUGGUCAAAAAGCUCUAAUGAGCUUGUAAGCACUCAUGGCUACUCUCAGAAUCAGAUUGUGGUCUGGAAAUACUCUGAAAUGUCACAAGUAGCGACAUUGACGGGUCAUCUAUAUCGUGUUUUACAGCUUGCCAUGUCGCCAGAUGGACAAAAUAUUGUGACUGGUGCAGGGGAUGAGACACUAAGAUUCUGGUCUGUUUUCAACAAGCCGAAAAACAAAACAGAUCAUGCCUCGAGCCUCAUGCAUAUUCUACGCUAG